UCCAGUCCUCAAUUGACCAGAAAGAACUACAUUUGUGCACGCUCAUGAACGCGCCUUUGACACCAAAUCCGCUAGAUUACUAGACCCCGUGCUUCGCCAAGGAAAAGAAGAUUUAACGUACCGACGUUUAGUGUUUACGGUUUCCACACUUGUUUGACUUUUGAGGAAAUGUGUAAUUUUCCCUUGGAAUUUAAUUAUUUGAAGACGUCAAUAGUAUAGCUUUUUGUCUAAGAAAAGAUAUCCAGAGCAUUGCGUUUUCGGGCCAGUCUGUUUCAGAGUUGGGAGAACAACAAGAGCUUCGCGUGGUACUUUACCCAGAGAAAGUCCAUUAUCCGAACGGAUACAAUGACAAAAUAUGCGAAUUACAUUGUUGCUGGUACAGGAAAGGAUAAACCAUGAUGUGCGAAGAAUCUUUAUUAUUUAAACUCGGAUAACGUUGAUGACAUUGCCAUUGAUGGUACUGAUUGGAAAUUCUCAACUAUUAACUUUUGGUAAAUAUUUAACUGAAUGAAUAUGCUACAAUAUAUUGAUUUCAAGAUCUCUUCAAAGACUGUACAUUCCCUAUUCGUUUCCAUACAGUAGAAUGCAAUAGGCCCAAUACAAGCCUCAGUGACACCAGAGAGAUUAAUUCCUUUGUCACCUUUCCAACUGAAGAAGCACCCUAGACAUGAGCAUGUCAUUCUUUAAUUUUCGUAAAAUAUUCAAAUUGGGUGCUGAGAAGAAAAAGAAGCAAUAUGAACACGUCCACCGGGACGAGAAUCCCGAGGAGAUAUGGGAAAUUAUCGGCGAACUUGGAGAUGGAGCGUUUGGUAAAGUAUACAAGGCUCAGAACAAGCAGACAGGCAUCCUGGCAGCAGCCAAAGUGAUCGACACCAAGACCGAGGAGGAGCUGGAGGACUACAUGGUGGAGAUCGAUAUCCUGGCCUCCUGCGACCAUCACAACAUCGUCAAGCUGCUGGAUGCCUUCUACUAUGAGAGCAAGCUGUGGAUCCUGAUUGAGUUCUGUGCAGGUGGAGCGGUGGACGCAGUGAUGCUGGAGCUGGAGAGGCCCCUGACGGAGCCUCAAAUUAGAGUGGUGUGCAAGCAGACUCUCCAGGCCCUCGUCUAUCUCCAUGACAACAAGGUGAUCCACCGAGACCUGAAGGCUGGGAACAUCCUCGUCUCUCUGGACGGAGACGUCAAGCUGGCUGACUUUGGGGUGUCGGCCAAAAACACAAAAACUAUGCAGAGGAGAGACUCCUUCAUUGGGACGCCAUACUGGAUGGCUCCAGAGGUGGUGAUGUGUGAAACGUCCAAGGACCGUCCCUAUGACUACAAGGCUGACAUCUGGUCCCUGGGGGUGACCCUGAUCGAGCUGGCCCAGAUCGAACCGCCCAACCACGAGAUGAACCCCAUGAGAGUCCUGCUGAAGAUAGCCAAGGCCGACCCUCCUACCCUGAUGCAGCCGUCACGAUGGUCUCCAGAGUUCAGCGAUUUCCUGAAGAAGUGUUUGGAUAAGAACGUGGACAACAGGUGGAACACAGCUCAGCUUCUACAGCAUCCGUUUGUGAGCAGCGUGACGGACAGCAGACCCCUGAGGGAGCUGAUAGCCGAGGCCAAGGCGGAGGUGACGGAGGAGAUUGAGGAGCACAAGGAGGAGGAGGAGGAGGAGGACACGGAGACACAGCUGGGUCAUAAGCGCGCCCCAUCAGACACUAGUGUGGCAAGUUCUGAAGAUGAGAAGACUCCCCUGUCUCCCUCCAUCUUGGAGUCUGUCCCUGAGAAGGUUGAGGUGAUUCUCCCCUCAUCCAUCGGCGUACCAGCAGGCAACCAUGUUGUAGAUACAAGUUCCGUGGAGGUUCCUCCUGCCCGUGCUGAAGUGGUAAAGGUGGAGGAGACCCCGAGCACUCCAGUAGAGGACGGAGAGGCGACACCGAAGCUGGGUGAGACGAAGAAAGAAGAGGAGAUGGAUGUGGAAGCAGAAGAAGUCGCCUCACCGGAAGAAGGGGAGAAACCAGUCAAACCCGAGGAACCGGUCCCACCGGUAAAGGAGAUGGAGGAGUUGGAGCUAGCCAGUGAGGAGGAGAAGGAGUUGGACACGGCCGAGGUCCAGACCAACGAGGCUGAAGGGUCGCAGGUCACGAAAGAAAAGAUGGACACCGUGGAAGAUCCGGCCCAACCCACCGACGAGGAGCUCACCAGAGGGUUGAGGGUCACCCUCACGCUGCCUGACGAGCACAAGCCGUCCCCUUCAUCACCAGCGGCCCCGAGAGAAGAGAAGGGAGAGAGGGCGAAGGAGAGAGAGCAAGAUAAACCACCUGUGGAGGUGGAGAAGGUUGUUCCGGAGAAAACGAAGAACGAGAAAGAGAGGGAUUCGGACUCGGGGAGCGGUUCGGCUGCCGAUAACAGCAGCGUAGACCUCAACCUCUCCAUCUCUAGUUUCCUCACCAAAACCAAGGAGCCUGGAACUGUGUCCAUACAGGACACCAAACGCCAGAAGAAGACGUUGAAGAAGACCAGGAAGUUCAUGGUGGACGGGGUCGAGGUCAGCGUGACCACUUCGAAGAUUGUCACCGACAACGACACCAAAAACGAGGAGAUGAGGUUCCUCAGGCGGCAGGAGCUGCGGGAGCUGAGGUUCCUUCAGAAGGAGGAGCAGAGGGCCCAGCAGCAGCUCAGCAACAAGCUGCAGCAGCAGAAGGAGCAGAUCUACCGACGCUUCGAACAGGAAACCACCAGUAAGAAGCGCCAGUACGACCAGGAGGUGGAGAACCUGGAGAGGCAGCAGAAGCAGACCAUCGAGCGCCUGGAGCAGGAGCACACCAACCGCCUGAGGGACGAGGCCAAGCGCAUCAAGGCCGAGCAGGAGAAGGAGCUGUCCAAGUUCCAGAACGUGCUCAAGAACCGCAAGAAGGAGGUAGUGGAGCAGUUCUCCAAGCAGCGGAGAAACGCUAUCAGGCGUAUAAAAGAGGACAUGAUCCUUACCCCAUCUGAAGAGGAGCAGGAGUUCCUCCAGAAACAGCAGCAGGAUUUGGACAGCGCUCUGAAAAAGAUCAUCCAGCAGCACAAGCACGAGCUGGCCACCAUCGAGAGGGACUGCCUCAACCACAAGCAGCAGCUCCUCCGAGCGCGGGAGGCGGCCAUGUGGGAGCUGGAGGAGCGCCACCUGCAGGAGAAACACCAACUGUUGAAACAGCAGCUCAAGGAUCAGUACUUCAUGCAGAGACACCAGCUGCUCAAGAGGCAUGAGAAGGAGAUGGAGCAGAUGCAGCGCUACAACCAGCGUCUGAUCGAGGAGCUGAAGAGCCGUCAGACCCAGGAGCGGGCGCGCCUGCCCAAGAUCCAGCGCAGCGAGGCCAAGACGCGCAUGGCCAUGUUCAAGAAGAGCCUGCGGAUCACCGGGGCUGUCAUCACCCCCGAGCAGGAGAGGGAGAAGGUCAAACAGUUUGCCACCCAGGAGGAGAAGCGUCAGAAGAACGAGCGACUGCACCAGCAGCAGAAGCAUGAGAACCAGAUGAGAGACCUGCAGCUGCAGUGUGACGCCAAUGUCAGGGAGCUGCAGCAGCUGCAGAACGAGAAGUGCCACCUCCUGAUCGAGCACGAGACCCAGAAGCUGAAGGAGCUGGAUGAGGAGCACAGCCAGGAGCUGAGGGAGUGGAGGGAGAGGCUCCGGCCCAGGAAGAAGGCGCUGGAGGAGGAGUUUGCCCGGAAGCUUCAGGAACAGGAAGUCUUCUUCAAGAUGAGUGGAGAUUCCGAAUGCCUUAACCCCUCGUCCCAGAGCCGCAUAUCCAAGUUCUACCCCAUCCCCAGUGUCCACUCUACAGGCUUCUGAGGGAGCUGCUGGUGCCAGGCACGGGUCCCCCCCCACACACACACACACACACACACACACAAGGUUAUAUAGGGGGUCAGAUGGCUGAGCGGUAAGGGAA